GUCGUUAUGCGCAUGUCCGCUAGCACACGUGCGAUGCAGGAACGCCGAUAGCAGGAGGCAGGAUCGAGGAACGCGGGAGGAGAGGAGAGAAGGAGUGAGAGAGCAGUGAAGCAGAGGGACAGGGAAGAGAAGAGAGAGGCAGGAGAGAAGAGAGAGGCUUCAGAAAGGAGACUGCUGGCAGGAGAAGCAGCUACGAGGAGCGAUUGUGGGCAGGGCAAGGAUGGAUAUUGGAGGAGAGCUAGUUGAGGCAAGGGUUGACUUGAAGGAGGUCAGCGAGGGCAGUUGUGAGUCAGAAGACGAGUACGAGCUGCUGAGGUUCGAGGACGAGGAGGAGUUCUGUGCCGCAGCAUCCGCCUGCGCAGACCUCUACUUCCUGCGAACAAGGAACAUCUACAUCGACGAGGAGUCCCUGGUGAAGAGCUGCCUGGAUGUGAAUGGGCAGAGAGGAGUCGCCUUCCUCGUCGACCAGCGCGGGUCAGAGAGCGAGAUCGUGCAGGAUGACACAGGAGGCGCAGUGUACGACGCGGCCAUUGUUCUCUCGAGGUUUCUGUGCAGGCAGGAGGCAGGUGAUAUGCAAGGGAAGAACGUGUUGGAGCUGGGUGCUGGCCCUGCGCUGGUCUCGAUGGCUGCAAGCAUUCUUGUUGGGGAGAAGGGAUUCUGGUGGGGGACGCCGACUGAAGACAUUCCGGAGAUGAGGGGGAUAGCCUGGGACUAUGUGCUCGCUUCGGAUGUAGCCUACGACGAGACUCUCUUCGCUCCUCUCGUGGAAGGGUUGCUGUCAGUGUUCAACAACAAGACGGUCGGGUAUCUGUGCAACGGAGUGCGAAGCAUCGAUAGAGAGAAGAACUUGCGGGCUAUGCUGGAGAAGCACUUCAAGGUUGAGAGCAUCAAGACCUCGGAGUUCUCCUAUUCCAUUGAGGAUCUUUCCGGCAUUUCUGCCCCCAAGUUCACUUCCGGUCAAGUCAACAUCGACAACAAACCGCUGCCGCCAGGCUUCUGCAUGCGAAAGUUCCAUCGGGCGCACCUCCUCUGGAAGCUCACGUUAGAGGGAUGACUGAAUUUGUUAGUGGUGAGCAUAGGAGUUUUUGUAGCCUCCCCCAUCUCCCUCACCCCUUGCCCUCUCCUCAGUCACCGCAGCUUUUUGUUGGUUCUUUCAAGUGGCUUUGCAAGUUGCAACCAGUCUUGUUCUUGUGUUACGAUCGUGUCUUGACUUUGCGGCGGGAUUGACCGUCACAGUAAAAACUCUCCCUCAUCCCU